AUGGCCGAUUUCCAGAGUGACAGCAAUCGGUUUUUGGCCUGGUUCAAGGAGAACGGAGGCGUGUUCCGCAACGAUCUCCUGCAAAUUCGAGACCUAAGGUCCAAAAACGCCGGUCGCGGCAUCAUUGCCAAGCAGGAUAUCCCAGAAGACACCACCCUCUUCACAGUACCAAGGAACAUCAUCCUUAGCACACAAACGUCGGACCUUGGCGCGAAACUUCCUGGGAUAUUUGAACAACAUGUAGAUGGGAAUGACGACGACGAUGGGGACGGCCAGGACCAUGAACCCGAAUCAUUGGAUUCAUGGGGCUCACUGAUCCUCGUCAUGCUAUACGAGUACUUGCAAGGUGACGCUUCGCCAUGGAAACCUUACCUUGACAUACUUCCGCAAGCUUUCGAAACCCCGAUUUUCUGGACAGCAGAUGAAUUAAAGGAACUCGAGGGCACAUCUCUCACAACGGAAAAGAUUGGGAAAGAAGAAAGUGACCGAAUGCUGCGUGAACGCAUUCUGCCUAUUGUCACUAGCCAUCCCAAUGUAUUUUUUCCGCCCGGUGCCCCUCUCCUAAACGAAGAAGACCUUCUGCCGCUCGCACAUCGCAUGGGUAGUACCAUCAUGGCAUACGCUUUCGACCUUGAAAAUGAAGACGAGCAAUCCGACGAUGAAGAGGAUGGUUGGAUCGAAGAUCGAGAUGGCAAAAGUCUGAUGGGAAUGGUGCCCAUGGCAGACAUGCUCAAUGCCAACGCCGAAUUCAACGCCCACGUCCACCACGGUGACCAGCUGCAAGUCACCUCCCUCCGCGAGAGCAUCCCCGCCGGAUCGGAGAUAUUGAACUACUACGGGCCUUUACCUUCAUCCGAGCUACUUCGUCGAUACGGUUACGUGACGCCUGAACACCACCGUUAUGAUGUUGCUGAACUCCCUUGGAGUCUUGUCCGCACUGCACUUGCCGAAGAAUUGAACCUAUCAGAAGAUGUCAUCGCGGACGUUGAAAGGAAGCUGGACUCGGAGCUGGAAGAGUUUUUCGUCAUCGAACGCGACGCGGGCGAGCCGUCGUCAUAUGGCACGUUUACCCAGCCACCAGUGCUUCGUGAAGUCUCAUCUGAACUCGAAGAACAAACAAAGGCUUUUCUAAAGGCUCUGAAUAAGCGAGACCCAAAGAGAAAGCGCGGCACGGUCAUAUACGAUACAGUCUUAGAGAAAGCGUUAAGGACAAGGUUGGGGCAAUACCCUACCUCAGCCGAGCAAGAUGAAUCACUCAUUAGUAAACAAGAUCUAAGCAAAAGGCAUCGAAUGGCGGUCCAAGUAAGGUUGGGCGAAAAGCGCUUGUUGCAGGAAGCAUUAGACCUGGUCCGAGCCGGCAAGAAUACGGUGCGUGAGGACGAAGAGGAAGCACGAGCAGAAAAGAAGGCGAAACGCGCAUCUUGA